AUGGGGGGCCAUGAUGCUGGGAGCCAACACCAGUUCACAGGGUUUGCCAAAUAUUUUAAUUCAUACACCAUUACAGGAAGAAGGAAUUGUGUUCUGGCCACUUAUGCUGGCAUUGCUGUCAUUUUUCUGUACUUCAAACUGAAACCUAAGAAAAAGAAGGCAGUUGCUGCAAAGUGAUAAUGAAAAUGAUUUGUUCUUUGCUGUUGUUAUUAUCAUGCAGUGCAUAUCUUUAUAAAAAAAGCAAUAUCUGAAUGUUAAAGCAACA